CGGCGUGGGCGGCGCAGGCACGGCGGGCCUCGGCAUUGAUGUUGGCUGGAAUCCGUUCGCGUGGAAGAUCGGCAAAGUGAGCCCCAACUUGGAGCCGUACCCGGCCAGCGUGGAGGGUCUGAGUAGCCCGCGGGCGGUGGGGAUGGCUGCCGGUGCCACCGCCUACCUGUCGCCCGGUGCCGGCGAACUCGAUAUGGCCCUCGGCGGUGGCGGUGGCGGUGGCGGUGGCGGAGGUGGCGGAUACCAUACGUCCUCCCCCCGGAGUGCGGCCGAUGCGAACGAGAUGAAGUACAUGCACCACCACCACCACCACCCGCACCAUCACCAUCAUCAGGCAGCGGCAGCGGCGGCGGUGGCGGCCGCGUCCGCCUCCCAGCACCAUCACCACGCCGUGGCCGUCCCCUCGAGCCCGUCCCCCAACACGGCCGGGCUCGGUUCGGUGACCGGCGGUCUCGGCGGUAAUCCGUGGGCAGCGCUACAACCGAGCGACCCGUGGUCACUGCAUGCCGCGGCCGCAGCCGCCCAUUCCCACCCUGCCCACGGACAUCCACAUCCGGCGGAUGUGAAGCAGGAGAUGCACCUUUCGCAGCAGGCGGCCCGGGCAGCGGCCGUUGCGGCCGCCUCCAGCCAGCAGGGAGGCAAUGGUGCCGGCAAUGGCAACGGGGGUGGCGGAAAUGGUGGACCUGGUGGAGGAGGCGGAGGCGGAGGAGGAAGUGGAAGUGGUGGUGGUAUGUCGUCACCGCACGGUUGGCAUGCACCGGUGCAUGCCAGCUCGCACUAUGGCACCGGUACGGCCGGAUCGCCGCUCCAGUACCACGCGGCCCAUGCGGCGGCCGCCAUGAACGGCAUGCUGCAUCAUCCGGCGGCCUCCCACCACCACCACCAUCAUCAUCAUCCUGCGCAUCACCAAAGUGCGGCUGCCGCUGCGGCAGCCGCUGUUACGCCCUCGUCGCUGCAUCCGUCGCUACGGGGCGAAUCGCCGCAACUGCACCUGCCCCCGCACCACCCACACCAUCCGCAUCACCCGCACCACCACCACCAUCACCAUCUGCAGGGCGGUGAUCGGGAUGUGAGUGCGGGCGAGGAGGACACACCGACCAGCGAUGACCUCGAGGCGUUCGCCAAGCAGUUCAAGCAGCGCCGGAUCAAGCUCGGCUUUACGCAGGCCGACGUCGGGUUGGCGCUCGGCACGCUGUACGGGAAUGUGUUCUCCCAGACGACGAUCUGCCGGUUUGAGGCGCUGCAGCUGAGCUUCAAGAAUAUGUGCAAAUUGAAACCGCUGCUCCAGAAGUGGCUGGAGGAGGCCGACUCGACGACCGGUUCGCCGACCAGCAUCGACAAGAUUGCGGCCCAGGGCCGGAAGCGGAAAAAGCGGACCAGCAUCGAGGUGUCGGUGAAGGGGGCGCUGGAGCAGCAUUUCCACAAGCAACCGAAACCGUCGGCCCAGGAGAUCUCUUCGUUGGCCGACUCGUUGCAGCUCGAGAAGGAGGUGGUGCGGGUGUGGUUCUGUAAUCGGCGGCAGAAGGAAAAGCGCAUGACACCCCCCAACACGAUGGGUGGCGAUAUGAUGGACGGGAUGCCACCCGGGCAUAUGGGCCACGGUGGUCAUCAUGGUGGGGGCCACGGUGGUUACCAUCCGCACCACGACAUGCACGGUAGCCCGAUGGGCGGGGGUCACAGUCACAGCCACAGUCCACCGAUGCUGAGCCCGCAGGGUAUGGGCGCGGCGACCCUCGGCAGCCACCAUCAGCUGACGGCCCACUAG